AUGCGUGCUAUCGUCUGGCGAAUACUGACCGGAUCCCGGUCUCUCACCGUCAUUACAUUCUCCUAUUUACUGAUCAUUAUCUACGCCCUGACUCUCGCCCCCGUGUGCUGGGUCUACGCCGCCGAGGUCUGGUCCCUCGAAACCCGUGCCACCGGCAUGGGCAUAGCUGCCAUUGGCAACAUUGGCAAUUGGCUCUUCAACUUUGCCCUGGGUCUGUACAUCCCUCCCGGGUUCCAGAAUAUUACCUGGGAGAUGUUCAUUGUGUUCGGAGUGAUGUGCUUUCUUGCGGCGGUACAAUUCUUUUUCACGUAUCCUGGAACGUGCGGUAAGACUCUCGAGGAAAUUGAGAAGUUGUUUGCCCCCAGUGGCCCUAAGCCGUGGAAGACCAAGCCUGGAAACUCCAAGCUUGAUGCUAUGGUCGACGAUGCACGUGCACACCACAAGCACAUUAAUUUCGAUACGGAGGCCAAGGCCGAGACUGAGGCGAGGACUGAGGCGACUGAGACGACGAACUGA